AUGUGGGACCGCCUGCGAACCACAUCCUCACCACCUGCCGUCACAGCCCCAGAAGAGGCUAUUCAGGGACGUCAUCGUGGUGGCGGCGUACAUAAGCAUUCCCCAGCGCAAAAACGCAUGCGUCCUGUCAGACCAAGCAAGGUACAUCGUCUUGAUCUUGACAGCGACACCUUUCUUGAACCUCUCAACGCCUUGGGAAUUUCUGGCAAUAAUAACGGCCCGAAUCGAUACGCCAUCCAGGGAGGCAAGGUUGUACCACGGCAUCAUAACAUUGACAUACUUUUGCCAUCGCAGAACAGCUUGGGAUCUUUGCAUCCGGAUAUUGUUCCUCCUCGACGAAGCUCUCGACGGAAACAACGACAUCGGCAAUCAGCGCGGCUCCAAAUCAACUCUGCUUGGCGUCCCGCUUCCUCAGUUUACGACAACAGCGACGACGAAGCCGCAACAAAGAUACCUCAGUACAAACUGGAGUCCUCAACCAGCUUCGGCGGCUUGGCCGCUGAUCAGAUCUCGCCACCCAGCUCACCGGAAGUUGCUGCCUCGAAGGAGCGGUUUACUGCGGGGGAUGUAUCGCCUAUUGACGAUGAGUUCGAUCACGUCCACCAGGCAUUACUUCGUGAGAGCCGACGUGAUACGGAGAAUGUAGCACAUCAGGAACAAAGAACUAGCAUACCAAAGCCAAAUCGGCACGGCCAUCGAUCUGAAGCGGUUGCAGUGACCCAACCACUCGAGCCUCGGACGGCGAGUGGAAGAGCAUGGAAUGAGCAAGUUCACACCGGACGACUCGUGGAUUACCGUGAUGGUGAUGCUUCGCGUCCCACUCGACGCCCAGUCCCGCCCUUGGGCUUAAAUACUCCUGUUGGGUCACCUGAAGACAUACAUGGGAGCAUUUCCCCUCCUGCUGAUGGACAGGGAAUGCGCCUGCCUGUAAAGACAAAACCGGGACCGGUCGAAAGCCGUCCACCUUGGAGUGGCGCCAGCGGACGGUCCGCGAUCGUUGAACCAGUCCGUGACGAUUUCAGUGUCGGCCCGUUGACUAUUCCGCGAAGGAGCAGCAAACGCCCAGGUGGUAAAGGGAGGCUAUCGACGACUAUUUCCGGAACCGAAACCUCUGGGUCUGGUAGUGCGGGUAAGGCGAUGCGGAAGUUUCUUCCUUUGGCCACGAAGCAUAAAACAAGAAAAUCUACCUCGAGCCCUAAUCAGCUGUCGACUGAGGGACAGUUUCGCGGUGCUGGGGAGUCAUAUCCAAGCCCACCUAGUACUGAAUUCCCGCCGACUGACACCAAGUCUCGUGAGACUCCGCCUCCCAAAUGGCAUAACCAAGCCCUGGCGUCGCACCCCCCAGACAGGCUUCCCUCCUCGAUCAAUGCCAUUAAGAGGAAGCCACCACCUCCAUCCGCCCAAGUCAGCCAAGCUUCCGCCUAUCUAACGCCGAAUGCCAAAUCUUCAGACGAUACAGGGAAUCUGGCUGCCCCCGUCUCGCCAUCUCCCGCUCGCACUGACGACGCAUGGGUGCAACCCCCUUCGCGUUUCAGCAUCACCACCUACGCAACCUCUAAUCCUGGCACACCCCGACAAUCCGCCGAAGAGAACAUACCACCUCUGCCUAAUAUGCCGCCAGUCGCCAGUGUCAUGGAUCGUGGUCGGCCUUUAGACAGUAGCCGAACUGGACCGUCGAGCUCUGAGGAGCCAAUACCAAUUACGAUGUCUAGCCCGUACACGGCCGUGGAACCACCGCAGGGCCAACAUCAGAGGGCAGUGAGUGAUAUGAAAUCGGCUGACCGCCGUGCCUCUACACUCUCAAUAUCUAAGCCGCUUCCGCCCGCGCCACCGGAAUUGUCGACGCCUAAUGAUCGCGUAUCGCAUUUAAGGGCUCAAAUCAAUGCUCUGACUCACCGCCGCAUCAACAUCGAAAAGAGCAUCAAGCAGAUGACGCUCCUGAUGCCGGAAGACAACUGGACGGCAAGUCAGGACGUCCUUCGUAAACGAGAGGAAGAAAAACAGAAAGUGGCUGGACUAAAGACCGAACUAGCAGAAGUUAUGGGCGAGGAACAUGAUUUGGGUCUGAAAUUAUACCGUGCAUAUAAACGUCAAGAUAUGGACGCUACAUAUGAGCCGGCAGAAUUCUGGGUACGAAGAGUGGCAGGAUGA